ACACACGUGAAACAGCAGCAGCGCGUGCAUGCCCGGGGCUCGGGACAGCAUGCCUCUGUCCGGCGUUUGGUCGGAUACUCGUCGGUCCACGUUACGCGGGCGCACGCAGCUGUGGAAGUAGGUGACGCCGCUUCAUCGUUCCGCGCCGCCCGGGGAAAAGCUUGCGAAGCGCACACUUUGGAGGGAGCUACGAUGCGGGGCACUUUGUGCGCAUUCAUUCAGUCCUGCGUGAUACUGCUGGUCCGCGCUGACCAGUGGAGGCUGAAGGACUCCGACAACUGCGAGCUCAACAAGAAACAAACUGACCUGAACUCCUUCCUGUGGACAAUCAAUCGCGACCCGCCCUCAUAUUUCUACGGUACAAUCCACGUUCCCUACACACGCGUUUGGGACUUCAUUCCCGAGAACUCCAAGCAGGCCUUCCAGGAGAGCAACAUCGUUUACUUUGAGCUGGACCUGACGGACCCGUACACCAUCUCCGCACUGACCAGCUGCCAGCUGCUCCCUCGGGGCGAGAACCUGCAGGAUGUCCUGCCCAGAGACAUCUACCGGAGACUCAAGAGACACCUUGAGUAUGUAAAACUCAUGAUGCCCUCGUGGAUGACCCCGGAUCAGAGAGGGAAGGGGCUCUACGCCGAUUACCUCUUCAACGCCAUCGCCGGCAACUGGGAGAGGAAGCGGCCCGUUUGGGUGAUGCUGAUGGUGAAUUCCUUAACCGAGGCAGACAUUAAGACACGCGGGGUGCCGGUGCUGGACCUGUACCUGGCCCAGGAGGCGGAGAGGAUGAGAAAGAGGACGGGGGCUGUCGAGAAGGUGGAGGAGCAGUGCCAUCCACUCAACGGGCUCAACUUCUCCCAGGUGAUCUUUGCCCUGAACCAGACGUUGUUACAGCAGGAGUCUUUAAGGGCAGGAAGCCUGCAGGUCCCGUACACCACCGAGGACCUCAUCAGGCACUACAACUGUGGAGAUCUCAACUCCAUCAUCUUCAAUCAUGACACCUCACAGGUCCCUAACUUCAACAAUGUGACGCUGCCACCCAGCGAGCAGGUGACCGCCCAGGAAAUAGACAGCUACUUUCGACAGGAACUCAUCUACAAGAGGAAUGAGCGGAUGGGGAAGAGGGUCAAGACGCUGCUAGAGGAAAACCCCGACAAGAGCUUCUUUUUCGCAUUCGGUGCAGGUCACUUUCUGGGAAACAACACAGUCCUUGAAGUACUUCGUCGCCAGGGAUACAAUGUGGAGCACACCCCUGCUGGGAAGCCCGUAAACAGGAGAUUAUCAUCCAGGCCUGACUCAUCAGAUUCAGAGGACCACCAUGAGCCCCCUCUUCUAGAACCUUUCUUCCACGAGCUCCCCUACAAAGAGGACGAUCAGGGGCGUCCCCUGGAGGAUGAUCUGCUACCUCACAUGCGCCAGCCCCUGGACAGCCUGGAGCUGCUGGAGAAAGAAGAGAGAAAAAUGCUGAAGAAAAAGAGGAGGAACAAGCAGAAGAAACAGCGGCACCGGCAUUUUAACGACCUUUGGGUUCGCAUCGAGGAAAGCAGUAUGGUCCAGUCUCCACCUCCCCCGCUGGUUCGCAUCCUCAAUGGUUACAUCACAGUGCAGCCACCGGACAGAGUCCACAGCCACCACCACCACCACCACCACCACAUGUCUUCAGCGUGGACCACCUCCUCGUCCCCACCACCUUUACUGGUCUUCCUCUGCGCGCUGCUCGCAGUGAUCCCACAGGCAUGGACAGUGUUUCUGUAGGAGAGCAUCCGUUGGGACUGCAUGAAAGCAGCCAGCCCUCCACGAGAAAGAACCCUCACGUACAGAGCUUGAUCAGGUCGUGCGUCACACGGCCUGGAGGAAGCAGCAGUGUGGCGAGUCUCGGCAUGGAGAAAGGAUGUGAUAUCAGCUUCCCUUGUAUGGUAACAAUACACUCCCUGGAUCUUGGCUUAGAUAAGGUUUGCGUUGAAUGGUAAGUCAUGUCAAUAGAACCUCUUGAGACCUUCAUUGGCAUGAAAGUUCACGUAACGUUGGGACUCUUGAAACGUAAAUGUUCUGUGGGGUUUCAGUUGUUUCACACACACACACACACACACACACACACAUGUACACACACAGGGAGAAAAGAGAAAGCUCACAAGGGGGGAGUAUUAUUGGACAUCUCACAAAUAUUACACAGCAUACUAGGUCCCUUAGCGUCGCAAUGAAAUCUAAAUAAUAAACAUUCAAACCGCUUAUAAUACAAGUUCUCAACUGGUCAAUGAGGGAACAUGAGAAUAUCGAGUAUCAAUUACCUUCAAUAAGUACAACUGGAACCAUAUGCCCUUUGCCUGUUUGUGUGUUUUCUGUGUGUGCGUAUGUAAGAGAGAGAGAGAGAGAGAGAGAGAGAGAGUGUCUGUGUGUGUGAGUGAGACAAGCAAAGUCUAUCAGCUCUUAAACCCGCCUGGGCUUACAAACUAAAGUCUUUCUCUUUAGACCUUAAUUUCUUCUUCCAUUUUGAAAGAAUUUCUGGCAUAAAAACUAAUUGUGGGGGUUAAUUGUAUAUAUUGUUUCUAAAUAUUAUAGAUGUAUUUUAGAAUUAUGAAAAAAAUGAAAAUCAAAGGUUUUGUUGUUUGUAUAAAUAUAUAAAUAGAUAUGCAGUAUAUUUUUGAAAAGCGAAUCGGGAACUAACCACCAUGGCCCCAUAGUGUCUCACUGUCAUGACUGUGUUGUACUUAUCAAUUGCUUUGCUGUAUGCGUCUGUUGAGAGGAUUCACGCUAUGUGUGUGUUCUUUUCAUUGAUCAAUCAUUGAUUUCUUUAAUUUAUUUAACUUACUAUAGUUAUACUGUAUUUUCUUUCUUGCGGUCAUGAUGUCCACAUGUACCAUUCCAACUAUUUUUAAUUAUGCCUUCAAAUGCAUAUGCUAAUAAUAAUAAUUAAAGCUGUCUACACAAAUAGACCCCAUACAGCAGUGUUCUACAUCUUUCAUAUUUCCCUUGUGGCAUGAGAUGAUUGUAAUAGUAUUACUAUGACAAU